GGUGUGCAGGGGGUGCCUUGUGGAAUGCAACAGGGAGGGCCCAUCAUGCGUACCCUUAGGCUCUGGGGCCUCCACGGGGGGGGGGGGGGCGUGCCUAAGGAGGCAGCUCGGGUGUGGCUCCUCUCUUCCCCAUUCUGCCUUAAGGCUGGCCAUUCACCAGGGAGAGCUGCACGGUUAGUGCAGUUCUACCUGGCCUGCCGGCAGGGCAGCUCUUGGGCAGGGCAGAAGGGAGAGAGGCCACAGCCACGCUGCUGCCGAGAACGGAAAGUGGAGGCAGCUCCAGCUCCUUCGUAGCAGCCCCUGGUAACUGUGGCCUGCGCGGCUGCAGGACUGGUGUGAAACAGAAUUCCAUUCUUGGACAAGUUCUGGCAGAAGGUCACAGAGAGAGACCUCUUGGCAGUAGUGAGGUGGCUUUUGUAGUGCUGGCAACACUUUGCUUUGGGAAGAGAGUUUGGAUGCUCAGUUCUGAAGGGAGGAAGUCAGGCUCUCAGCUGGUGAUCAGGGCCACACGGGCCUGGGGUCCCAUCCAGCCAGGAAGCUGGCUCCAAGGGCAGCAAAUGAGCCCUAGAACACUCCUUCCUGUGCCUGAAUUUGGCGGUCCCUUUAGGGAGGGGCAAAGGUCUCCUUGGAGGGCCACCCAUAUCCAGUGUCGGGCCUCACCCUUCACGAGAUGGUCCUUCUGGGGGCUGGAUCUCGUCCACACCCACCAGGCAACCUCAUUCUAAGUGGGGCCUUAAUGCCCCACCUUAAACCACCCCCCUUGUGAGGAGAAUAUGGACAGGAGACAGAGAGGAGGUCAAGCGACUCCUAGGUAGCAUCAUCCAGGAUGCAAGGGCUGUCGGUCCAAUUGACAAUCGGUCACAAAGGUUCAAGGCGGACCCUUGGUGCGGGAGCAGAAGGCUGGAUGGCGUGACUGGGUCCCUGAUGGUGGAGAGUGGUGGGCCAGCUGGGUCUGGAUCCAAGCCCACAAGCCAGUUCUGAUGUGCUCUGCUUCGAUUAAAUGUGCGCUCACAAAAAACCUGGUCAGGGGUUGUGAUUGCUUGUUGCUAGGAGGAAGAUGCUGUUAAAGUAGGCAGGUGGAGCAAAGCUCCCUCUGCCAAAGGGAGGCGAAGCCUGCUGAGAAAGAGGCUCUCUCUUUGGCCUGCUGGAUGAGGCCAAAGGUCCCUCUCGCCCAGCAUCCUGCUCCCCACAGACUCCUCUCCUUCGGGGUGCCCCUGUCUGCACUCAAGGUGGCUGGCCGCGAGGGGGCACAGAUCGCCGCCUUUGCCUGGGAGGCAGGCCUGGCCAUGCCGGAUCCUGGCUGCUUUCUGGAAGGCUGCUGGCCUGGGAAGGCCCUGAAGCCGGAGGGUGCGAGACAUGGACCGCUUCGCCGACUCCGAGACGCAAACCGACGCAGUGGUGGUGCUCUCUCUGGCCCAAGCAGCCGUCCUGGGCUUGGUGUCUGAGAAUGAGUUCUUGGGCGCCGCCAUCAGCGCCGGAAGUUUCUUGCCAAGCUUUGCGAACCAGCCUGAGCGGAAGGAGCCCGAAAGGGACCUCCCGCUGGAGCCCGAAGGCCCAGGCCAGGCGGAGCCCCCCGAGGAGGAGGGGCUGGAGGCGGAAGCCUCCCUUGGGAAGCAUGCACGGCGGAGGAAGCGCCCCCCUGUGCGGCUGGUGCCAAAGGUGAAGCACGAGGAGGGCGAGCUGCAGCCCGAGGAGGAGGAGGAGGUGGCGGCGGCGGCGGCACCCACCUGCGAGAGGCCUGCCUCCAGCCAAGACAAGGAGGAGGAGGAGGAGGAGGAGGAGGAGCUGGGCGGCCUCCUCCCCGUGGGUCUGGAGGAGCCCAGCCGCGAGCAGACCACCGUCCAGAGCAGCACCACCAAGAUGCUUGACCUCAGCACGCUGCACAGGAAGCCUCGGCGCCUCCGGCACCUGCGCAGACCCGUGGGGCAGGAACUGGCCCUGGGUGGCUACGAGGAGGAGGGGCUCGCUAGCCCGCCGCAGGCCAGCCUGGAGAGCGGCCCGCAGGGCACAGAGGCCUUCCCCCGCGCCUGUGGCUUCCCGGCCAGCGCGCCUCCCUUGGGCGGCGUGGAGGGGCCGGCGCCAGACUCCCCCCCCGCCGAGCAGCAGGGCAAGAGGGAGCCGGGCUUUGUGUGGCAGGAGCCCCCGCUGGACUUUGGGGCGGAGGUCCCCGCUGCGGGGGGGGAGCACAGCAAGAAGGUGCAGAUGGACCGGCUGGACAUCAACGUGCAGAUCGACGACUCGUACCUGGUGGAGAAGCGCUGGCAGUGCCGCCUCUGCGAGAAGUCCUACACCUCCAAGUACAACCUGGUGACCCACAUCCUGGGCCACAACGGCAUCAAGCCCCACUCCUGCCCGCACUGCAGCAAGCUCUUCAAGCAGCCCAGCCACCUGCAGACCCACCUGCUGACCCACCAGGGCACCCGGCCCCACAAGUGCCAGGUGUGCCACAAGGCCUUCACCCAGACCAGCCACCUCAAGCGCCACAUGCUGCUGCACUCCGACAUCAAGCCCUACAGCUGCCGCUUCUGCGGCCGGGGCUUUGCCUACCCCAGCGAGCUGAAGGCCCACGAGGGCAAGCACGAGAGCGGCCGCUGCCACGUCUGCGUGGAGUGCGGCCUGGACUUCUCCACCCUCACCCAGCUCAAGCGCCACCUGGCCACCCACCAGGGGCCCACCCUCUACCCCUGCCUGGAGUGCAGCAAGUCCUUCCACUACCGCAGCCAGCUGCAGAACCACAUGCUCAAGCACCAGAACGUGCGCCCCUUCGUCUGCUCCGAGUGCGGCAUGGAGUUCAGCCAGAUCCACCACCUCAAGCAGCAUUCGCUGACCCACAAGGGCGUGAAGGAGUUCAAGUGCGAGGUGUGCGGGCGGGAGUUCACCCUGCAGGCCAACAUGAAGCGGCACCUGCUGAUCCACACCAGCGUGCGGCCCUACCAGUGCCACAUCUGCUUCAAGACCUUCGUGCAGAAGCAGACCCUCAAGACACACAUGAUUGUGCACUCGCCCGUCAAGCCCUUCAAGUGCAAGGUGUGUGGGAAAUCCUUCAACCGCAUGUACAAUCUGCUGGGCCACAUGCACCUGCACGCCGGCAGCAAGCCCUUCAAGUGCCCUUACUGCUCCAGCAAGUUCAACCUGAAGGGCAACCUCAGCCGGCACAUGAAGGUCAAGCACGGCGUGAUGGACAUCGCCCUGGACAGCCAAGAUCCCAUGCUGGAGCUGACGGGCAGAGAUCACCACGCGGAGCUGGACGGGCCGCAGGAGAUGAUGGAGGACUACGAGGAGGAGGAGGAGAACGUGUAUGACUACGGGGUGGGGGGGGACCCCACCGACGCGUCUGCCUUGACGGAGCAAGCCAUGAAGGAGAUGGCCUACUACCGCAUGUUGUAGCCGGGGGGGGAAGGCAGGCCUGGCUUGGUCCCCGAGAGGGAAGCAGGGGCCCCCACUCACCCCCCCACCCCCCGGAGUUCUGCCUGGGCUGCACUGAGCGGGGCCCCCUCAGAAGGAGCCUCUGCCUGGGCAGCUCCGGCUCUGUAGCCCCGCCGUGGGCCUGCGGACGUCUCGCCAUCGCCCCUGCCUGGGCUCUCCCCCCCCCGCAGCCUGGAAGGGGCAGGAGCGGCCUCUGACCUCCUCUACCUCCCCCCGCCUCCGUGCUGCCCAGAGCUGGACUGGCCCAGCUCCUGUGGGUCUCUCUGACAAAGCUACCUCCGCCCGACACCAAAAAGGAAUGACCCGGGGCAGCCCCACGUGGGGGUGAGCGAGUGCCCCUCCCCGUCCCACCCAAGUGGUCAAGCCAGCUGCUGUGCAGAGCAGGGGCCCCAACCCCCCCCCCCCCGGCAGGCUGUGGCCGUGUUAAAUUAUUCUGCCACUUCCACCAGGUGGGUGGUGGUCCCACUUGUGCAUAGAUCUACUGUCUUUAUUUUCCUGUUCUGAAGAGGUUCGGCAAUAAAAGAAUAUUCUUUGGCAGAAGGA